GUUGAUCCAACGCAGUUAGCAAGCAGCCAGCCAGCCGGGAUGGAAGCGGGGAUCAUUUAAGUCGCACCGCAGCUGAACCACAACCAGAAUAUUGUUCUUAAAUCCGCAUUUUUUCGCCCGAGGACGCGGCCGCAGCGAUGGGAGUACGGCGCUGAGGAGAGAGCGGCGGCAGGGCCAAGAAACGGGAGAAAGAUGGGUGUCGUGCUGCGGAGUCUGUUGUUGUGUAGUUUUUGUUUUCUCAUACGAGGCGUGCCGCUGCUGCUGUACGCGAACCGGCGGGACCUUCGGCUCGUGGAUGCGGCGCACGAAAAGGCCAACGCCACGGUCGUGGUGGGAGGGCUGGAGGACGCCGCCGCCGUGGACUACGUCUACUCCCAGGGCCUCAUCUACUGGAGCGACGUGAGCGAGGAGGCCAUCAAACGCACCGUCUUCAACCAGUCCGGGGCCAGCACGGUCCAGACGGUGGUCCCGGGUCUGGCCUCCCCGGACGGACUGGCCUGCGAUUGGUUAGGGAGGAAACUUUACUGGACGGACUCAGAAACCAAUCGGAUCGAGGUGGCGGAGCUGGACGGCGCUCUGAGGAAGGUUCUGUUCUGGCAGGAGCUGGACCAGCCCAGAGCCAUCGCCCUGGAUCCAGAACGAGGGUACAUGUACUGGACCGACUGGGGCGAGGUCCCGAAGAUCGAGCGCGCGGGGAUGGACGGGACCAAUCGAUCGAUGAUCAUUGAUAAGGACAUCUACUGGCCCAACGGGCUGACGCUGGACUACAGCCAGCAGAAACUGUACUGGGCCGACGCCAAGCACAACUUCAUCCACCGCUCCAACCUGGACGGGUCCUCCAGGGAGGUGGUGGUGAAGGGAGAGCUGCCUCACCCCUUCGCCCUCACCCUGUAUGAGGACACGCUGUUCUGGACCGACUGGAACACCCACUCCAUCCACUCCUGCAGGAAACAGACCGGCGGCGAGCAGAGAGUCGUCCACUCUGACAUCUUCUCCCCGAUGGACAUCCACGUCUUCAGCUCCAAGAGACAACCCAACUUGAACAGUCCGUGUUCUGUGAGGAACGGAGGAUGUUCCCACCUCUGCCUCCUCUCUCCGGUGAAGCCCUUCUAUCAGUGUGCCUGUCCCACCGGAGUCCAGCUGCUGGAGGACGGGAAGACCUGCAGAGACGGUGCGACUCAGAUGCUUCUUCUGGCUCGGAGAACGGACCUGCGGCGAAUCUCUCUGGACACGCCCGACUUCACCGACAUCAUCCUGCAGGUGGACGACAUCCGCCACGCCAUCGCCAUCGACUACGACCCGGUGGAGGGAUACAUCUACUGGACGGACGACGAGGUGAAGGCCAUCCGCCGCUCCCUCCCCGACGGCAGUGAUGCCCAGUUCGUGGUCACGUCUCAGGUCAACCACCCCGACGGCAUCGCCGUCGACUGGAUCGCCCGAAAUCUGUACUGGACCGACACCGGGACGGACCGCAUCGAGGUGACCCGGCUCAACGGGACCAUGCGCAAGAUCCUGAUCUCUGAAGACCUGGACGAGCCCAGAGCCAUCGUGCUGGACCCUGUGGCCGGGUACAUGUACUGGACCGACUGGGGGGAGGUGCCAAAGAUCGAGCGAGCCGACCUGGACGGGAUGGAGCGGGUGGUGAUGGUGAACACGUCCCUGGGCUGGCCCAACGGCCUCGCCCUCGACUACGACGAGCGCAAAAUCUACUGGGGAGACGCCAAGACGGACAUGAUCGAGGUGAUGAACAUGGACGGGUCAGGGAGACGGGUGCUGGUGGAGGACAAACUUCCUCACAUCUUCGGCUUCACUCUGCUCGGCGACUACAUCUACUGGACGGACUGGCAGCGCCGCAGCAUCGAGCGCGUCCACAAACGCACCGCCGAGCGCGAGUUCAUCAUCGACCAGCUGCCGGACCUCAUGGGACUCAAGGCCACAUACGUGCACCAGUCCUUCGGUACGAACCCGUGUGCGGACAGUAACGGCGGCUGCAGUCACCUCUGCCUCUACAAGCCUCAGGGCGUCCAGUGCGGCUGUCCCAUCGGCCUGGAGCUCAUCGCCGACAUGAGGACCUGCAUCGUCCCCGAGGCCUUCCUGCUCUUCUCCCGCCACACCGACAUCCGCCGCAUCUCCCUGGAGACCAACAACAACAACGUGGCCAUCCCGCUCACCGGCGUCAAGGAGGCGUCGGCGCUCGACUUCGACGUCACAGACAACCGCAUCUACUGGACCGACAUCACUCUGAAGACCAUCAGCCGGGCCUUCAUGAACGGCAGCGCUCUGGAGCACGUGGUGGAGUUCGGUCUGGACUACCCUGAGGGGAUGGCGGUGGACUGGCUGGGGAAGAACCUGUACUGGGCCGACACCGGCACCAACCGCAUCGAAGUGGCCAAACUGGACGGGCAGCACCGGCAGGUCCUGGUCUGGAAGGACCUGGACAGUCCUCGAGCUCUGGCUCUGGAUCCUGCUGAAGGGUACAUGUACUGGACCGAGUGGGGCGGGAAGCCGAAGAUCGACCGGGCGGCGAUGGACGGGACGGGGCGCAUCACGCUGGUGGCCGACGUGGGCCGGGCCAACGGACUCACCAUCGACUACGCAGAGCGGCGCCUGUACUGGACCGACCUGGACACCACGCUGAUCGAGUCCUCCAACAUGCUCGGUCAGGAGCGUGAGGUCAUAGCCGACGACCUCCCUCACCCGUUCGGCCUCACCCAGUACCAGGACUACAUCUACUGGACCGACUGGAGCCAGCGCAGCAUCGAGCGCGCCAACAAGACCAGUGGUCAGAACCGCACCGUCAUCCAGGGCCACCUGGACUACGUCAUGGACAUCCUGGUGUUUCACUCGUCCAGACAGGGCGGCUGGAACGCCUGCGCCUCCACCAACGGACACUGCUCCCACCUCUGCCUCGCCGUGCCCGUCAGCAGCUUCGUCUGCGGCUGCCCCGCCCACUUCUCCCUCAACUUCGACAACAAGACGUGCAGCGCUCCCACCUCCUUCCUGCUGUUCAGUCAGAAAACCGCCAUCAACCGGAUGGUGAUCGACGAGCAGCAGAGUCCCGACAUCAUCCUGCCCAUCCACAGCCUGAGGAACGUCCGCGCCAUCGACUACGACCCUCUGGACAAACAGCUGUACUGGAUCGACUCCAAGCAGAACGUGAUCCGGCGAGCGCAGGAGGACGGGAACCAGAGUAUGACUGUGGUGUCGAGCUCUGUGGGCGGAGCCAGCCAGGGCCUGCAGCUGUACGACCUGAGCAUCGACAUCUACAGCCGCUUCAUCUACUGGACCAGCGAGGUCACCAACGUCAUCAACGUCACCCGCACGGACGGCAGCAGGGUGGGUGUGGUGCUGCGGGGGGAGCACGACAAGCCCCGGGCCAUCGUCGUCAACCCAGAGAGAGGGUACAUGUACUUCACCAACCUGCUGGAGCGCUCCCCGAAGAUCGAGCGGGCGGCACUGGACGGGACAGAGCGCGAGGUUCUGUUCUUCAGCGGUCUGGGGAAACCCGUCGCUCUGGCCAUCGACAACGAGGUGGGGAAGUUGUUCUGGGUCGACUCAGACCUGCGCCGCAUCGAGAGCAGCGACCUCUCCGGAGCCAAUCGGAUCGUGAUCGCCGACUCCAACAUCCUGCAGCCGGUCGGGCUGACGGUGUUCGGGAACCACCUGUACUGGAUCGACAAGCAGCAGCAGAUGAUCGAGCGCAUCGACAAGACGACGCGAGAGGGACGCACCAAGAUCCAGGCGCGCAUCGCCUACCUGAGCGACAUCCACGCCGUCCACGAGCUGGACAUGAGGGAGUACAGUAAACACCCGUGUACCUGGGACAACGGCGGCUGCUCACACAUCUGCAUCGUGAAGGGCGACGGGACGACUCGCUGCUCGUGUCCCGUCCACCUGGUGCUGCUGCAGGACGAGCUCUCCUGUGGAGAGCCCCCCACCUGCUCCCCGGAGCAGUUCUCCUGCACGUCCGGCGAGGUGGACUGCAUCCCUCAGGCGUGGCGCUGCGACGGUUACGCCGAGUGCGACGACAAGAGCGACGAGGAGGACUGUCCCGUCUGCUCCGAGUCCGAGUUCCAGUGCGACAGCCGCCAGUGCAUCGACCUGAGCCUCCGCUGCAACGGAGAGUUCAACUGUCAGGACCGCUCCGACGAGAACAAGUGUGAAGUGCGGUGUCCUCUGGACCAGUUCACCUGCUCUAACGGACAGUGCAUCGGGAAACACAAGAAGUGCGACAACAACGUGGACUGUACGGACAGCUCCGACGAGAACGGCUGCUACGCGACCGAGGAGCCGCCUCCUCCACCCAACAACACCAUCAGCUCCAUCGUGGGCGUGGUCAUGGCGCUGUUUGUUGUGGGCGCCGUGUACUUCGUGUGUCAGCGCGUCCUCUGUCCGCAGAUGAAGGACGACGGCGAGACGGUCACCAACGACUUCGUGGUUCACGGGCCGUCGUCGGUGCCGCUGGGAUACGUGCCGCACCCGAGCUCGCUGUCCAGCUCGCUGCCCGGUAUGUCCAGAGGGAAGUCCGUGAUUGGCUCGCUCAGCAUCAUGGGUGGGAGCAGCGGACCUCCGUACGACCGAGCCCACGUCACCGGAGCGUCGUCCAGCAGCUCGUCCAGCACCAAGGGAACCUACUUCCCCCCGAUCCUGAAUCCUCCUCCGUCUCCGGCCACCGUUCGCUCUCAGUACACCAUGGAGUUCGGUUACUCGUCCAACAGUCCCUCCACACACAGGUCCUACAGUUACCGGCCCUACACCUACCGCCACUUUGCCCCGCCCACCACCCCCUGCAGCACUGAUGUGUGCGACAGCGACUACACACCUGGACGCCGGGCGCCGCUCAAGUCCAGCACCGCUGCCUCUGCCGCCGCCGCCGCCAAGGGCUACACCAGCGACCUCAACUACGACUCGGAGCCUUUCCCGCCGCCGCCGACGCCCCGCAGCCAGUACCUGUCGGCGGAGGAGAACUGUGAGAGCUGCCCACCGUCGCCUUACACCGAGCGCAGCUACUCCCACCACCUCUACCCGCCGCCGCCGUCGCCCUGCACGGACUCCUCGUGAGCCAAACGCCCCGCCCCCCUCAACACAGCUCCGCCCCCUCACUGUAAAUAGCAAUUGUGCAUAUAUGAGGUUAAAAAUGGGAAAGAGAGACUGACGCGAGCGGAGGAGACAAAAAGGAGACAAAGAGAAACGGAGCUGCAGAACAUUUGUACAUUGAAAAAGAGAAAAGCAUAUUUAUAUAUUUUCUAUACAGUGUUUACUGAUGAUGGAGGUUUGUAUUAAGAAAUUUGUACAUUUUUUAAGAAAAGGUUUUAUUAAAAUCAUCACAAAUAUAAGUUGCCUUAAAGCAGGAGAAAAGAGGCUGAAGGACACGAAGCACACGGUGAAACGUUUUAACUUAUCUGAUGCCAAAUAUGAAAAACAUCCACAGCUACAGGAAGAGCUCCGCCUGCGCCGCCCGGCAGCCAUCUUGUCUGUAGUUACCAUGUGAACUGGAUCGAGGAGGGAGGGGCCGGCUGAGGACGCGGUUCUGGGUCUUUGAUCUGAUUUGACGACCUCGUCAUCAGAGGAUCAGGAUCGUGUCUGAUUGGAUGUGAGUCCUGAAGACCAGGACCAGGUCUGAGCUGAAGCAAUAACACUGAGGCACAUAUUUAUCAGCCGAUCAGACCAGGACUGAACGUUACGGAGGCCCAGAGAGGACAAGAGCACAUGACGUGUGAAAACACCAAGCCAACAGGCGUCUGCGAGAAGCGACCCAGACCUCCUUUUGUCCCCUGUGGGCCUCCGUACAAACACUAAAACAAGUUUCCACUAAACGUUCGAGAUCCGGUCGCUGCAGCACGACUCACAUCCAGACAUCGUCUUCAUCACCAUGAAGCUCAGACAGGAUUUAAACCAAAACGACUGCGACGGAGACGACCCAAAGCUGCACAGCAGGGAGCAUCAUCUUCCUCCUCCUCCUCCUCAUGUUACUUCUUCUUCUGCUCUUUAAUCCCCGUCUCUUCACACGUGGAGGAAGCAGCGUUUCCCACCAAGAACUCGACCUUGUGCCUGACCAGUUACACAUCUUCAUAUCUUUUUUUUUUUUAUUUUUAUGUUGUUGUUGUUGUUACUUCGAGGAAAAAAAACACAAAGGAAAUCCAGUGCCCACUAAAUGCUCUAUAGUAUUUUUGUACCACAUAUUGUGUAGAUAACGUAUUUAUAAGCUAUAUAGAAAAAUCAUUGUAAAUCUAUCCAUUGAAUUCUUGCAGUACUUUUCAUUCCGUCUUUUUUUAUAUUGCCUCAUUAUAUUUUUCUACAGAAUAUCAGUCCAAACGUACGGCGACAAUCUCAGAUCAGUCAAAUCGAAGAACAUAUCCAGGUUUCAGUGUCUGUUCGUGUCGAGUCAUCCUGAUGUUUGAAGGACUGUUUGUGCCAAAAUCAUCUUUUCUAACCGUGUGGCGGCAGAAAACCCUGAAGCUGAAGCUGGGACCAGAGGUGGAGCCUGAGGCGGCGUCGACUCUGUUGCCUUGACGACGCUCGUGUCAACAAUCUUGUUUUUGUUUUUGUUUUUUAUGGAUCUGUUUUUGUCUUUUGUUUCUUUCUCGUGACGACCAGACGACUCGUUCUGAUCGUCGCAGGAGCGUCGCCGUGUUUCCCGCCCUGAGGUCAAAGAGAAAAUACGACACCAGCAUGAAUCUGAAGACAAUCUAACGCUUUACAAGCAAACACGUCUCCGACAUAUCUCCAUGUUCAGAGUCCCGAUCUCACUAAGAGCUUCUUUCCUUUUAUUUCUCACAUUGAAAUCACAGAAACCAUCGUCUCAGUCUGUGGAGGAAUUUUUAGAUAUUUAAAGAAACAUUGCCCCUUUAAGAAAAUUUGAAUUUCAUACUCUGAUGUUUGACAGUGUAAUAUUUACAAAACGCCAAAACAGAAGGCGACACCAGGAGCUCAGUGUCAUCUCAACUUUUCACAUGUAAUUGGAAAAUUUUUGCACGUUUUCUACAAAUUUGUCAAAUGUUAAAUGUCUGAAAACAAAUAUUCAGCAAUUAAAUUAAAUAGAAAACAAUCUAAAAUCAAUUUGACCAAAUUAAAUGUUCAUUCAGUGUUUGAUGUUCAGCUGUUCAACAGGAGUCAACGACAAAAUAACUCAUUUAGUUUGAGUUCAAAUUAUUCACUGACUGUUUUGAAAUGUUGAAAAACUGCAGCAUCUGGUUGAGAUGAUUCGACUUCCUGUUUCUCCAGAAACAAUCGUCAAUAUUGACAAACAAAUGUACGGAGUCCUUAAAGUGCUGAAGUGUGAGAUUUUAAUAAUCUUAUUCACACAAGAUAAUUACACAAAAUAUAAUUAUUUGAGCACAAGAUGUUAAUUUCUGUUCACAGUUUAUUGUCUUGGACCCGUCAGUCAUUGUCUUUAUUUUAUGUAAAGAAGAUUUUAAAUUAUCUUUCUGGAUUUGUUAAAGAGAAUCAGAUUUUAGGGAUUUAAAAUUCAAUUUUCUACAGUGCAGUGAUAUUUUGAGGCUCGCUCAGAUUGUGCAGAAAAUCAAAAAAUGUAAAACGUCAGAAACUCAAACCACUACAAACCAGUGACGAUGCCAAAAGUCAUGAACGUAUAUUUUUGUCUCUCUGCUGCCUCCGUACGUCCUCCACAUCUGCCCACACCUGUCCACCAGCUGAGAGCUACCUGUGGUACAAUCACUGACCGACACACCCAGGUGUGUCAAAGGC